AUGGACUUCGACGGCGACGAACACGGUUUCGGUUCCGGUUCCGGCUAUGGCUUUCCCCCGUCAAUGGUCUCUCUAACCCCAUUUUCCCACUCGGCCUCACCCGCUCCACGCCGGCUCUCGAGCUGCUUCACGCCGCCCAAUGAGCCGGUCAGAGCCAAAAGGCAACUGGCUUGGGUCUCCCUCCAGGGCCGUCUCGUCGGAGCCGAUGAAGCCAGCUCAUCCAAGACGAUCGAUCCGGGAGGCACCCUCGGCGCGAAGGAGGCGGCGGCCUGGGAGCUGUUCACGCCGAUGCAGCGGGUUCUGACGGUGGCUGUUGCUGCGGCGGCGGCUGGGAACUCUGAGAAGAAUAAGCAGAUUUCUAAGCUGCAAAGAUCCGUCGAACUUAGGGACCAAGUACUCUUAAACAUGCAGCAAAAGCUAGAUAAUUUAUGCGAGCAGGUAAAAAAUUCCAAGGAUCUGUCUGGAGUUCCAAAAGAAGGCAAUGCCUUGGUAACGAAAAGGGCAGACUGUGCUUGUAAGGUGUGCAGACAUGAUAACGCAAAAGAUGGUUCAUUUUUCAGUACCCCAACGAAAGAACUAACUGGGGAUGAGAUGCUCGAGUUUGAGUUGAAGCCAGAUGAACGGCGCAUGUCUGAUUUGUCAGAUUGGGCACCUAGCGUCACUUCAUCUCUUGAUAUGCAGCUGGAUAGUUUGGUAUUUGACAACGAUAUCAGUAGCCUGAGAAAGGAAUGUGAAGAGAAGGAUAUCACGAUCAAGGAACUGUCUACCUAUAUCAGGUCAUCCGAAGUUUUAGGCUCGAAGAGGAUUGCAGAACUGGAAGACAUCAUACGCAGGAAGAAUAUGAUCAUCAACAAGCUUCGAAAGGACAUAAUAACUCUUGAACAGAAGGUGGUGAAUCUUACAAGACUCAGGAGAUCCUCUUUCUCAUCAACCUAUUCAAAACCACAAAGUCAACCAAUACUGGCUGAUAAUCUACUAUACGACAUGGACAGCACGACCGAUCCUUCAUCUUCGGAUUCAGAUGGUUCUCCAAAGACCCGAAAGCAAGCUCUGGCCUUGAAUGUGGAAACAAUCUUGGUUCACACAAUUGAGAAAACUUCAGAGGGAGAAGAAGUAAAAUGUAGCCAGGUUAAGAGCCCCACUUUUGCAGAGCAGAAUCACAGGCCACGGGCAAGCAGUCCUCUGAAAGAGAUAAUGUCCAAUCAGAUGCCCAACUCUGGUCCACCCGUGAAACCAAAGCGUACAACGAAUGCCGGUGGAGAAAACCGACGCCAGAGGCCACCUGUCAAGUCCAAGGAAGUAGCUGUGAUUAAGAGAUGGGUUUAG